GAUUAACAAUUCUGCUUUCGUUGCCAAUUUCAAGUUAUAUUUAUAAUGGCCAUCAUGUCAAAUGUUGACAUUUCUUCUCAAAUUACUUCUGAGUUAAGCCGAUGUGAUAUUAAUAGUGAGAAAUCAUCAAAAAAUAAAAGCAUUGAAGGAAAAUGGGGGUUGCCUUUGUCAGAAGUAUACAAGUUAGCUUUAAACUUUUACAAAGAAAAAGAAGGUAAAGCUGUUCAAUUAAGCUAUGAAGAUAAGCUACAACUUGUGGCUUUCGCUCAACAAGUAAGUCAUGGUCCAUUGGCAACGAGUAAAGUACCACCAGUGGGUGCAUUAGAUGUUGUUGGUCGAGAUCGUCGAUUAGCAUGGCAACGUUUAAGUGAUCUUUCACCCGAUCAAUCUCGUAUUGGUUUUGUUUCGUUGCUGUCACGGAGAUGUCCCCAUUUUGAAGCUUAUAUUGAGGCACAUCGUCGUGAAAAUGAAGAAAAACAACGAAAAGCACAAGAACAAGCACUUCGUGAUCUCGAACGACGAAAACAACGUGAAGAAGAGGAGAAAAUUGAACGUGAGAUACGUGCUAAACAAGAAAUGGAAGAGGUUGCCCGACGAAAGGUACAACAAGCUUUAAACGAACAAACUUACGAUCAAUUUAGAACUUAUGCAGAACAACAAUAUCCUGGUGAUCCAGAGCGACAAGGCGAUUUAAUAAAACAAUUACAAGAUCAACAUUAUUUACAAUAUAUGCAACAGUUACAUGCUACAGCACUUAGUAAUAAUAUUAUUCAACAAUCAACGGAUACAACUGGUGAUGAGGAACUACCGUCCGAAGAACAAAAUACUGAAGACAAUUAUUUUGAGGGAAUUGCACAAGCAAGUAUGUGGACACGUGACGACAUACAAUUGUUUAAAGAAAUUGUAUCGAAAAGUGAGGGUGAUGGUGUCGUACGUGUUGGACAUGGAGAAAUUGUUACUGUACGAGUGCCAACAACUGUCGUUGGAACACAAUUGUUUUGGGAGUUUGCUACUGAUCAUUAUGAUAUAGGAUUUGGUGUAUACUUUGAAUGGGGAACACCAACAACUGAUCAAGUAUUAGUACACGUGUCGGAAAGUGAAGAAGAUGAUGAGGAUGACGAUGAUUAUGGUGACGGUGAGUAUUUGGAUACUUUACAACAUACAGAUUUAGAAACAGGCGCACAAGUAUUACGGCGUGUGAACAAUACACCAAUGCUAUCUGAAAUAGUUCCUAUUUAUCGACGGGAUAGUCAUCUAGAAGUAUAUGUUGGCAGUCAUACGUAUCCUGGUGAAGGAUGUUAUCUAUUAAAAUUUGAUAAUUCAUAUUCACUAUGGCGAUCAAAAACGCUUUAUUAUCGUAUUUGUUAUUCGAAUUAAAAAAAAAACGACCAUAUUAUUAUUAUUAAUAUUAUUUUAAUUAUUAUUCAUUCCAUUUACAAUUAAUCAAUCGCUUUUAGUAUUCCCUAACAGAUUAGUGAGAAAAUGAAUUCUUAUAAAAAGUAUCUUGUGUCCAAUUCCCACUCUGUUGCCGAUUAAAGCUAUUUGGAUAGUAAAAAGUUUGAUGUAAUACAUAGCGCAUACGUCUCAUAAUCGCGCUUCGCUACAGAGUAUCAAGUCCUGUCGUGACAUUUUUUCUUGUCAAAUAGAAAUAAUUAAUGCCAGAAGUUAAGAAGAAGCAGAUUUGGUUUUUAGAACUAGUUUUCAUAUAUCUAAGAACAGUAUUCAAGAGACUAAUUAUAAUUUUUCCAGU